AGGGCAAACUUUCGCAGUCAAGCCAUCCUGCUAGUGCCCGUAACUGCUCAGAGGCUCCAACAAGCUACAGAUAUGUCUACUGAGCUUCCUGCAACAACAGUGGUUACAGAAAUGGACACUUUCACAGCUUCUCAGAUAAACAGUUCCACCUGCGACUUGUAUGAGCACAAAGAUACAGCACGGAUACUACUGUCUGUCUUCUACAGCUCCAUCUUAAUUCUUGGGGUGCUUGGGAACACCAUUGCCCUCACUGUCAUUUUUAAAAACAGAAAGAAGAUCAACUCCACUACCCUCUAUUCAACAAAUCUCGUCUUCUCCGAUCUCCUGUUCUGUAUCGCCUUGCCCACAAGGAUAGCCUACUACGCCCUGGGGUUUCACUGGCCAUUUGGAGAAGCAUUAUGUCGAAUAACCGCUCUCUUGUUCUAUAUCAACACCUACGCAGGUGUAAACUUCAUGACAUGUUUGAGCAUCGACAGGUUUUUCGCUGUUGUCCACCCCUUCCGAUACAAGAUCAGAAGGAUUAAAUAUGCCAAAGGCAUUUGUGUCUUUAUCUGGUUUCUUGUAUUUAGUCAAACUUUCCCAUUACUUAUACAACCCAUGUCACAUGAAGAAAAAGAAAGGACUACAUGUAUGGAAUAUCCAAACUUUGAAAAAAUACCACAUCUUCCACUUAUACUUCUUGCUGCCUGUUUAGUAGGGUACCUUAUUCCCCUGGGGAUUAUACUAUUUUGUUACUCUCAAAUUAGCUGCAAACUUUUUCAAACAGCCAAGGAAAAUCCACUGACUGAAAAAUCGGGGAUAAACAAAAAAGCCAUCAAUACAAUCAUAUUUGUAAUUAUAGUGUUCGUCAUCUGCUUUACCCCUUAUCAUGUUGCAAUCAUACAACACAUGAUUAAGAAGCUUCAGAAUGAACCCUCCUGCACUGAAAAGAAAAUUUUCCAGAAGUCGCUCCAUUAUACCGUGUUUCUGAUGAAUUUUAACUGCUGCCUGGAUCCUUUCAUCUAUUUCUUUGCAUGCAAAGGAUACAAGAGAACUGUAAUGAAAAUACUGAGGCGACAAGUGAGUGUUUCAAUUUCAAGUGCUGUCAGGUCACAUCACGAUGAAAGCUCACGCGAUGUGGGAGAAACGCAAAUGAUAGCACUUGGAAAAUCUUCCAAUGGAAAUCUACCUGAAAAAUAAAGUCUGUAGUAGACUGCAGUGCAGCAAGCUUAAGAAUCCAGGGUCCACAGUAAAAACUCUUAGGGGUCCCCAUACAGCAGCUUAAGUAAGAUUCUGUUUCUCAGGAUGUCAAGAAAUCAAAGAGUGAUGAUGGACUGAAAAAGAAUUGUCACAGGACAGCAGGAAAACUCAGCAUUAUAAUUUCCUAGCUGUGCCAUUUUGACUGAUGUCAUUAUUUUUUCCAGGAAAUAUGCACCAUUGUGAAUGUUCAAACUCCAUACUGCACAUAUGUGUGCCUGGAUGUUACUAACUCAAGCAAAGACUCAAUUCACAGUUUGGGUGCCUGAGAAAGGACUAAGCACAAAUAGCUUACAAUUCAGACUGACUACAACCAGACCAUGUGAAAAUUGCAAGACCUCUUGCCGAGCUCCAGUUACAGCAAUGGUUUUGUUAGCCAAGUCACACAAGCAGAGCCAUCACACUUUGAGAUAAAAUGGACAAUUUCUGUGCACGUUUGCCUAUCACAAGUGCUUAGUUUAUAGCCCUUUGGAAGGGAAACUGCAUUGGUAUUUGGAGCAGGAAUGUCUUAUCGGACAAUUUACAUAGGUGACGUUGUCAAAUGUAAUAGAUGAAAAGUUAAUCAACUGCUUGGUUCUCCCCAACACUGAAUAUCUCCAGUAUGUUACAUCACUCAUUUUGCAAGGUGUAAUAUCUCUUUACUCCUUUUCCUAAAGGAGAACUUCUCUUUCUAGUGUGUAUUGUAAAAAGUCUCUACUCUAAUUGUAUAUAAAUUAUUUAUAAACACAAAAAUAAGUGGAAGCAAGAGACUGUAAUAGGAAAACUGCACUGUUUUAGUUAAAAGAGCAGUGAAACGGGGUUCUUCAGAACUUCUGCUCAAGUCAGACAAGGACACAAGACAGAUGUUUUAGAAAUAGGAAUAAGUGUUCACAACUGAAGUCACCAAAAAGUAAUUUAAUGGGUUAAUUGCGAUGGUGUGAGAUGGCCACCUCUUUUUAAGCGCUGUUUACCUGAGAGAUCAAUAAAUGAGAACAGCAGGACUGGCUGGGAAAUAACAAACUUUGCCAUCACGCCUUCAUACAGAGUAUCUGGGAUCCCUUUGGGCACACUGAAAUUGGGCCAGCAAAUAGACCAAAUGACUUAAACACAUCCUGCAAGAAUCGGCUCAAUACCAGUUGAGUAUCCAGGAUGCAAGCCCUGGGUUCCUGCUGUCGUGCCCUUCCGUCGUGUGUCAGUUUCCUUCCCUACUUUAUUCCUGGCCCCCGUGUCUUUUCCUUUGUCUUCUGUCUUAUUAAUAUGCCUUCACCUGCCAACACAACUUGGUAAUUGCACCGUGAGUUUGUGAUGGAAAAGGAAAAUUAAAGAGUGCCUGAUAAUUACUGGUAAAAGCUAUGCCAGAUGUCAGAAUAAAUGUUAU